ACUGGAAGUUGAACUUACUUGAUCGCUAUCUCUGCAAAUUAAAAUAUGACUUCUUCCUUCCUGUAUGUGGGCUGAGAAAACCUUCUGUUGCUCUUGGGUGAAUAGCAACUAUCAAGGCUCUUUUUUUUCCACACUGAUUAUAUGUGCUGUAUGCUACGGAUGCAUGAAAUGGCAAUAAAGGGAGGAGGAAUCACCAAACUAAGACAUUACAAGUAACCUCCAAAAGAGGUGCUUAGCAGGAUGUCCAACAGCAGCUUAACCCAGCAGAAUCAUUCUAUGAUCAGGACAGUGCCGGACACCUCAGACAGGCUUCGCUCUAUUCUCAUAACCCUGUACAGCAUUGAUCUAGCUGGGGGGACUCUUGGUGUCCUUGUGAUGUCUCACCAGUUGUUUCGAAGGAGAUCCCAAUCUGCAAUGAUUAUCAUCAUAAUCAACCUCCUAGUGCUGCACACCCUUCUGUUACUCAGCAUCCCCUUCCGCCUCAGCUAUUACGUUUCACAGGAAUGGAAAUUUGGGACAUUCACUUGCAAGCUAGUAAGUGCCACCGUCUACCUCCAUAUGUAUACCACCUUCACCUUCUACGUUGCUAUCAUCGUAAUACGUCUCUUUCAACUUGAGUUCAACAAGUGCUACACUACAAUUUGGGUGACAGCUGUCUGGAUGCUAGGAGCUCUGGUGAUUGCUCCCGUUUUUCUCUCCUACUAUGGCACCUCUAGAGCAUACCCUUCCUCUCAAUGCUUUCAGUUCCAGCAGGAGAUGAAAGAGAUGCCCAUGGUGGUAGUAAACUACUGCUUGGUUGGAGUUCUGCUGGCAGUUUGUGGUUUGCUCACUAUAAUCCAGUUAUCUGUGAUGUGCAGACUGACUGUGAAAUACUGGCCUGACAUCAACUCCCAUGUUGAAUUCAGGGCUCAGGCAAAGAGUUUCUUCUUCACCUUGGUCACAAUAGUGUGUUUUAUACCUCAUCAUGUAUUCAGAGUAUAUUAUAUUCAAAACUUCCACCUGGAUAAAGACCAUAAACUUCUCACAUACAAUGAAAUUUUUUUAGCUUUAACAUCAAUGUGUUGCUUGGAUAUGUUGUGCUUCAUAGCAGGCAUAGCCCACUGAACUAAGAACUAUCAGGAAAUCCAACUAACAGUUCCAGUACUGGCUCUUGGCAGAAAAAACUGUGUCAGGACUUCACUGGGCCAGGGAGACUGCUGAGUGUUAAGCAUAGCCACAUAGGGUUGUACUAGUUUCUGGCUUUUACAGGCUAGAAAGAUACAUCGUUCAGAAGCUACUGUUUUUCACCUUCUUCCUUGAAGGCAGACAGAUGAACCUUACUUUGGACUUUGACCUAAAUGUUGUGCUGUGAAUCUUCAUUAAGAUUUUUCCUCAGCUGUCUUUCUCCAACCAUUGCAGUACGACUAUGUCCAUCCCUUCGUCUUUUUUUCCCCUCGGAGCAUCUCAGUAACAAGCCAUUGUGUCUGAUAAAUUGUCCACUGUGAAAACCUAACAAUGUCUUUUGACAGCUGUGAUGCCAAAGGGAAGAGGAAAAGAGACAUUUCUUUACAGUAUUUUUCCACAAGGGAUUUUAGAUAACAAGGACAUAAACUGUACUAAAAACCAUAUUCAAGGCAUGAAACGGGGCAUGGAUUAAAAGUUUUAGCAGAGUAUUUUAGAAGAAGCUUCUUUUCUUCACCUCUACAAAGUGUAUAUUAAACCAAAUGAAAGCAUUUAAGUAUCUAACAACUUCAUCUUUACUUGCUUCAUUUAAAAAACACAAGCAGCCCCCUGAAUUGCAGUACUUAUACCUUUAGAAUUAGCAAGAGUUGAAUAGGUCACAGGUUUCAAAAAAAAAAAACAAACAACACACUGUUUUAUGUUAAUCUCCCACCAGGACUGAAUUGGUGGCUGUUAUUCCCUAAGUCUAUCACAGCUACUAUCAUUCCCUGCCCAUAACUGGAGCUAGAAUUCAAGACUGGUGGCUUCAAUACCCUGCUGAAGGAUCAGCUGCUCUCUGACAUGGGGAAAUAUUCUAUCAGACUUCAAAAAAUCCUUGAUCAGAAAAAGUCUUUGAUGUCUGGUCACUUUCAUUUGCCUGCUAUUUAUUAUCAGAUGCCAUAUUUUUCCAUUUAUAGAUGUAACAAAGCAAAACCAGAAUAAACUAACUGAACUGUGUUUAAUCAGUUCAACAUAUGUUCCUGCAUGUGUAUAUAAACUUUCGAUGGAGUGUAUAUUUUUUCCAUUAGAUGGAUUAUAUUAUUCGUGACCUUGAAAAGUGGAAUUAAACACUUGAGUCUUGCUCUUUUAGGAACUGCAUCCAUCAUGGAAACGUCUGUUUCUCCUCAUUAUGUGUAAGUUAUUUCCAUGCGUGCUUGUUCUGCUCAAUGUAGAAGGUCUCUAACCCUUCUAAGGCCCCACUGUCAUUUGCUAUAUCACAACAGCCUGAGGCCAGAUUUCAUCCAUGCCAGAUACCCCAGACUGACCCAAGACAGUAUUUCCUUCUUCAUUGCACCAUGAGAUGUCAGAAUUCAUAUGCUAUUUUUUCCUACAGAACUGUUAUGAUGCCAGGAUUCAAAAGGGUCCAUAGUUGACUUGAGAGGGUUAAAGAACUACACCUAUCAAGUAAUGCCAGUGAUGUCUCAGACUGGCAUUUUGAAUUUUUAACAAAAGAGCAAGCAUUGACUUCGCCAACGCUGAAAAGAUAUUUUUACUUUUAAUCAUUGCCAUUAAAAUUUCGUU